UACAUCUCACGAUUCCCAAGUAGCAUUGAUGGAGAACAGGACAGAAGUGACACAGUUCAUCCUCCUGGGACUCACCAACACCCCAGAACUACAGAUUCCUCUCUUUGUCGUGUUCACUCUUAUUUACCUCAUCACUCUGGCUGGAAACCUGGGAAUGAUCAUACUGACUCUCUUGGACUCUCGUCUCCACACUCCCAUGUACUUUUUCCUCAGUCACCUGUCUCUGGUGGACUUUGGCUACUCCUCAGCUGUCACUCCCAAAGUCACGGCUGGCUUACUUAUGGGUGACAAGAUCAUCUCUUACAAUGCAUGUGCUGCUCAAAUGUUCUUUUUUGCAGCCUUUGCUACUGUGGAAAAUUACCUCUUGGCCUCAAUGGCUUAUGAUCGUUAUGCAGCAGUGUGUAAACCCCUGCAUUACAGCACCACCAUGAAGAAAAGUGUGUGUGCACGUCUGGCCAUAGGCUCCUAUAUCUGUGGUUUCCUGAAUGCCUCCAUCCACAUUGGAGAUACAUUCAGUCUCUCUUUCUGUAGGUCCAACGUGGUCCAUCACUUUUUCUGUGAUAUUCCAGCUGUUCUGACUCUCUCUUGCUCUGAUAAACACAUUAGUGAGGUGGCUCUUGUUUUUACUUCGAGCUUGAACAUCUUUUUUGCUCUUCUGACUAUAUUGAUUUCCUACCUGUUCAUAUUUAUAACCACCUUGAAGAUGCAGUCAUCUCAGGGACACCAAAAGGCUUUGUCCACCUGUGCUUCCCACCUCACUGCCGUCUCCAUCUUCUAUGGGACAGUCAUCUUCAUGUACUUACAGCCCAGCUCCAGCCAUUCCAUGGACACAGACAAGGUGGCAUCUGUGUUCUACACCAUGGUCAUCCCCAUGCUGAAUCCUAUGGUCUACAGCCUGAGGAAUAAGGACGUAAGGAAUGCAUUCAAGAAGGUGGUUGAGAAGGCAAAUUUUUCUAUAGGAUUGGGACUUUAACU